AUGAUGAUUGUCCCCCCCGAAGACACACACUCCUCUCCCCCCUCGCCCACCCCCUCCGCCUUCACAUCCAUCUCCCGCUUCACAUCCCCACCUCUCUCGCUAUCGCCAUCUCUCUCUCCAUCGCCCGGGCCGCCUACCAAUAGCACCGCACACAUGGAACCACACGCGCACGCCCAUUCGUACCCGCAUCCGUAUCCGCCUAUGCAUAUGUACCAGCACGGGCACCACCACAAUUAUCCACACCCCCAACCGCAUAUGCAUAUGCACCACCACGGCCACGGCCACCACGGUCACCACAAUUGCCAACAUGGUCAACACCACGGCCAUCAGCACAAUUAUCCACAACCUCACCACCACCACGGUCAACACCACCACCACCACCACGAUCACGAUCACCACCACCGGGACGAGUCCCCGGACCGCAAAGACGGGGGCUCUGACGCUGGCGGAAGCGGCGACGCAGGCGCAGGUAAUGGAUCGCACAGUGACUCGAACUCGAGCUCGAGCAGGAACAGAAACUGGAGCUGGAGCUGCAACUGUGACACCCCCCACUCCGCGCACUCCAACGCGGGGCAGGCGCACGCGCCUCUUUACACUUAUAACAACAACCACGCUCACGCUCAUGCCCACAACCACGGCGCGCCUAUGUCACCUAUGGCGCCUAUGGCACCUAUGCAACCUAUGCAACCUAUGCACGUUCCAUUCUACGGUGCAUGA